CAAAACUAAAAGUGUUUGAAGACCGUCUAGACGAUGUUGUCCGUUGAUACAAUGGAAUGGGAAGGACCACCCAUUUAAGCUACUCGCUAGUCUUGUAUCUUUUGUAUGCAACAUAUAUAAAGUAGUUGCGUGAUGUCGCCUUCCUUAUCGAAAACUCCAGCACAAUCAGUCUACCACAACAAGCUAGUGAUUGCACCACGCGGAGCGCGAAUUCUGUUUACGCGCGAGAAUCGAAAAGAAACCGCUGAAGGAAGGAUUACCGCACAUUGAAAACACUUACCAGACUAUGUUUACAAUCGCUCUGUUAAUAUGGACACUGAUAAUGGGCAUGGAUUUCGCGAUUUCUCCCGAGGGAAUGUUGUUUCCACGCGAAUCGGAAACGAGGGAAAUUCUGCGACUGGACGGCAUCUGGAAUUUUGCCGUGUCGCCGAUGCUCGAUCCUCUCGUCGGGUUUCGACAGUAUUGGUACAAGAACGAUCUCUCCAAGAUUGACGGUUUGGAAGUUCACUUGAUGCCCGUCCCUUCGAGUUACAACGAUAUCACAACCCGUAUGGACAUUAGGGAUCACGUUGGUUUGGUAUGGUAUGACAGGACAGUUUUCGUGCCGGAGUCCUGGGCCAAGGAGAAACGAGUCGUGCUAAGAUUUUCUUCGGUUUCCUAUGCGGCGCAAGUGUGGGUCAAUGGGAAGUUGGCAAUGAACCAUGAAAUGGGCCAUCUUCCUUUCCAGAAAGACAUCAGUCCCUUAUUAAACUUCGGAGGCAGCAAUAGAAUUACAGUCGCGUGCGAUAACACACUUUUGCAGGAUACGGUACCGCAAGGAGCGGUGCGCGAGGCUAACACGGAUCAAGGGAAGAAGUUGGUCCAAAGUUACACCUUCGAUUUUUUCAAUUACGCAGGAAUACACAGACCGGUGGUACUGUACACGACCCCCUUAGUGUACAUUGACGAUAUAACGGUACGCACCGACGUCAGUGGAACAACGGGCUUGGUUUUCUACAGCAUCGGCUACCCCUUAAAUAAUAACGUAACCUGCAUCGUAAUACUACUAGAUAAGUUUGGCAAUAAAGUCGCCGGGGCGGACGGCUUUGGUGAAGGUGCGCUCAAAGUGCCCGACGCCAAUCUAUGGUGGCCUUACAUGAUGCACAGCGAACCCGCUUAUCUCUACACCCUCCAGGUCGAAUUGCGCAACAUUCAAGGUGAACUAUUGGACAUCUACAGGCAGCCCAUCGGUAUCAGAACAAUUUCGUGGACAAACACCAGCCUAUUAUUGAACAAUCGACCGGUAUACUUCCACGGUUUCGGCAGACACGAGGACGCCGACAUUCGCGGCAAGGGUCUCGAUCUUCCCACCGCUAUCAGGGACCACAACCUGAUCAGAUGGGUGCAUGGAAACGCCUACCGAACAUCGCACUACCCUUACGCCGACGAGCUCAUGGACUUGGCGGAUCAGUUCGGAAUAAUGAUCAUCGACGAAUGUCCCAGCGUCGACACGGACGCAUUUUCAUAUCGUCUGUUGGAAAAGCACAAGGAUUCGCUGAGCGAGCUUUACAGGAGGGAUAAGAAUCAUCCGAGCGUGAUCAUGUGGUCAAUUGCCAACGAACCAAGAACUCAAACCGAGACUGCCGGACAAUACUUUGGGGAAGUUGCCAAACAUAUCAAGGAGCUAGAUGAUACACGGCCCAUAACUAUUGCAAUCGCCAGAGGUGUCAAUGAAGACAAGUCGGGUUUCCACCUUGAUAUUAUCAGCUUUAAUCGAUACAACGCUUGGUAUCAAUCUCCUGGACGCCUCGACAUGAUUGUCGGUAACAUCGUGGACGAAGCCACCGCGUGGCACAAGAAGUAUAACAAACCAGUAUUAAUAUCAGAAUAUGGAGCGGAUACCAUGGCUGGAUUGCACAUCCUUCCCGAUUACAUAUGGUCCGAAGAAUACCAGGUGGGUGUACUAUCGGAUCAUUUCAAGGCGUUCGACAAAUUAAGAGCAAAGGGCUGGUUCAUAGGUGAAUUCGUAUGGAAUUUUGCCGAUUUUAAGACUGCUCAAACUUACACGAGAGUUGGAGGAAAUAAAAAGGGUAUUUUUACGCGAGAUCGUCAGCCCAAAGCGGGCGCUCAUCACUUACGUAAACGCUACAGUCUAUUGUCUGCGGAAUUGUACAACAUUAGUAUACCCAGCGACUUAUAUCAAUAUUUAGCUCUGCCCGUUGCUCGUGAUGAACUGUGAUAAAUUCUAUAUCUGUUUAAUUAUUAGCGUGUAAUUUUUUGACUAAGUGUUCAUUUUAAGUAUUAAAAUAAAUGGAGUCCUUGUCGGAUAGUAA